AUGCUUGUCCACAACACUUUCCUACUCUGUUUCCUAAUUGAGAUCCUAGAUGCAUGCUUACCCACUCAGAAUGUGGAUAGUGGUGAGUUCUGAGAAUAGUCCACAAACAAGCAGUGUUGGGCCACAAAAUUUGUCACAUCAGAUUUUGUUUUGUAAUUUUUUUAAAUUUUAGUCUGAUGCUCAAUUUUCUGACCUGACACUACUUAUUCAGACAAUUCGAAUACCCUAACCACUACCACUGCAGUAACCACUACAACCGUGACAACAACUACGACAGCUACAGAAGCACCAUUCCGUAAGGACUCGAGUUUUGAAACACUAAAUAAGAAGUAACUUUCAGCUUGUACUGUCUGUCCGAAGAUCUACGACACAGGGUGCUUAGGACCGGGAACCGGAGAUUGGUGUGCUACGGCUGCAGAUGUUGGAGUCUCGUACACAAUCGGAGCAGUUGCCGCGAUCCUUGGAUUGAGUUCAAACACUUGCCAGUAAGUAAUCCUAUCGUUUUCUUCAAAGAUGGUCUCUUUUUAUAGAACAUCGUUCUCCUGCCCACUUGGUACAUCUUCAAGGAUCAUAUUUUUCGGUUACGAAAUCGUUGGCCCUUCAUUAGUCUUUGCGUAUUGCGAUCAACAGGGUACCAACGCUGGUGUCUGGUACUAUGGAAUCCCACCACUUAUCCCAACAAAAAUCAAACUCGCUUCCCUGACGUGUGUAGGAAUAUUGUCGGGAUGA